AGGGGGCUUUUUGUCUGAAUGCUUCCAAUAAAAAAAAAAGCCGUUUUAUUUAUUCUGGUGGCGUUUAUUCUGCGCGACACUGAACUCAUCCCAUCACAUGGACGCAGGGGUCAUCCUGUUUCUCUAUGAAUAAAUACCAUAAAUGUUCUCCGACAGUAAAUAAGAAGCUGCGGAUGCUGAGAGAUGUGGAACUGAUGGAGAUGCUGCCAUGCGGAGGAUGACGAGAGGAUUCGACCGGCUCUGAUCUUCACCCUCGUGGACGAAGCCUUGGACUCGGAGAUGGCUGCCAUGAGGAAGAGGUUCUCCUCGUCCUCUGUUGAAGAAGACGGUGUAAACUUCUUUGACAGCGCUGGAGAUCCUGGUUCUGAUCCAACCGGGGAAGAGGAACAUCCAUAUGCAUCUCUGCUGUGCUGCCACAGCGUCCAGGACUCUCUGCUGAGCUCCAACAGCAGCUUCACCAGAUACAGAGGAAUCCUCAACUGGGUCAUCAUCCUGCUGGUCCUGACUCAUGCUCACCUGUUCCUGGAGAAUUUCAUACAACAUGGAUUUUUGAUAGAUGUCAAAAAGGUGUUGGGACAUCUGAUUGAGGACAACUGCAACUGGCCGUCUGUCAACCUCAUACUGGCUGCCAACAUGUUUGCUCUGGCAGCUCUGUUCCUGGAGAGAUCUCACAAGAAGGGAAUGCUGUCUACCUCCAGCGUUCACCGUCUGCAUCUCAUAAAUCUGGGGUUGCUUGUCCUGUUUCCUGCUGCAGUCAUCAUACAUGAACCUACGAUAUCAACAGGUGGCGCCUUCUUCUCUCUCUGGUUCUACACUGUCCUGGGGAUGAAGCUGUACUCGUACCAGGAGACUAAUCUCUGGUACCGUCAGGCUCAUUCAGAUAAAGACCAGAACGGAUCAGUCGCACAAACAGACCACAGUGAAAAUCAGACACUCCGAGAUCUGUAUUAUUUCCUCCUCGCUCCCACGCUGUGCUACCAGAGAAGCUUCCCGAAGACUCCCAAGAUCCGGAUCAAUAAGCUGCUGCACAGGUUGCUGGAGAUGGUGGUCGUAGUGCAGAUCAUGGUUGGGAUUGUGCAGCAGUGGAUUGAACCCAUCUUCCAGAGAUCAGAAAACUCUUUUUCUAGUAUGGACGUCACUAUGAGAGUGGAACACUUGGUCGGGCUGGUGGCGCCGACCCAUUUCCUCUGGCUCCUCUUCUUUUUUCUGAGCCACUCCUACCUGAACUUCUGUGCUGAGCUGCUGUGCUUCGGUGAUCGACACUUUUACGGAGACUGGUGGAACGCUACGACUUUGGCCGCUUUCUGGAAGAACUGGAGCAUUCCCUUUCAGAAAUGGUCGCACAGGCAUGUUUACAGUCAGCUGGUGGAGAGGAGAGUUUCUUCAUCACAAGCUGAGCUGCUGGUCUUCCUGAUGUCUGCUGCUCUGUGUGAGUAUCUGGUCGCUCUGCCUCUGCACAGCUGUCGACUGUGGAUCUUCCUCAUGAUGGUGUUUGAGCUCCUGGUUGCAGUUUUCCUCGGAAACUAUUUCCAGGGAAACUAUGGCAACGGUUUGGUGUGGCUGUGCCUGCUGCUGGGGCCUCCACUGGCCGCCACCUCCUACUUUCACGACAACUACAUCGGCCUCCAUCUGACACCACGCCACAGAGUUUUCCUGCAGCUCCGCUAGUCGUGGGAAGAAAUUCCUGCAGCGCUGUGUUUAUAGCAGGGAAAUGUUCAGUGAGGAUGCAUUCUAAUGUCAGGAUAAGAGUUAUAAUCCAACAGCAAUACAUGUACUGUAAAUAUAUUUACCUCUGUAGACUCAUAAAUCAACGAUGCUACCACACAUCUGGUGAAUGUUUAUGCAAUAACUGAGUGAUUUAUUGUUUUGUUUUUGUUUGUUUUUUCUGAGUGUGACCGAUGGAUGAACUGCAGCUGCCUCAUAGGGCUGAAUUUCAUGUGGUUAGUCAGUAAAGCUCUGGUUGCUGUGAUUGGUCCGGUUUUAACGACGUGAUUGAGCUGCUCAGGAGAUAAAGUUUCCUCCUGGACGCCUGCUCGCUGCGUCAACAUGCGGUUAGGAGGCCCUCAUUCAGAUAAGUUUACCGUAAGCUCCGUGGACACGCUCCAAUCAGGAAAUACAGGGAAUGAUUGUGUGGAAUCAUUUAAAGCAGCGAUUGUAACCCCACAGGCCCGUUCAAAACCCACUUUAACUGCACCUCCUCUCAGUUUAAACUGGAUCUACUUUCAUUCAGUUACACUUUCAAGGCUUAGGUCUCUUUGGCCAGAGCUCUUUCUUUAUUACUUUAAACUUAAGAAGUUUAAUCUAGUUAGCAUGUAUUCAUUACUUUCAGUUUUCAGCUGUUUCAACUGAUUAUCCAUUCUGUUAACCCUCCUGUUGUCCUCAUUUACAGGCACCAAAAAAUAUUGUUUCCUUGUCUGAAAAAAAUCCAAAAAUUCAGCAAAAAAAUUCCACAAAUUUCUGAAAAUUUGCAAAACCUUCAGGAAGAAAAUUCCAAUAAUUCCUGAAAAGUUUCCCUUUAAAGUUUUAUUUUUUUUUAAAAAAAAUCCCCCAAAUUUGGCAAGAAAAUUCUUGUCAAUAUUUUCAAAAAAUGUGUAAAAAUCUUCCUAAAAAAACCCUAAAAAUAUCUAAAGUGAUUCCAUAUAUAUCAGUAAAACUUUUAAUAUUUUCUUUAAGAACAUUCACAUAAAAAUCUACUAAAAUCCAGUGAAUUUCGCUGGAUUUUGGUUCAUUUUUUGUGAAUGUUCUUAAAGAAACAUUUUUAACAUUUUUUUUCCACCAAAAAAAUAUUCAAAAAUUUCCCAAAAUGUUGAAAAUGUGGACAUCAGAAGUUUGACUGUGAAAAUAUAUUUUUUUUUCACAUUUUCAAACUUUAAAAUGGGUCAGGUUUGACCCGCAGGACGACACGAGGUUUAACAAAUAAUUUUAACUGUUAGCAGUACUGUUAGUUAACUGUUUCAGUUAUUUAUCCCUACUGUCAGCUAACAAGUUCAAAUGAUAGCCACAUGGUUAGCGAACAAUUUCAACUGUUAGCCAUGCCACUGGCUAACAAUUUCAGCUGUUUAUCUGUACUGUUUGUUCGCAAGUUCAAGUGCUAGCUCUAUGGUUACCUCAUAAUUUCAACUAUUAGCAGCACUUUUAUCUUACAAUUUAAACUGUUUAUCCAUACUGUUAAUUUAUGAUUCCAACUGGUGCAAAUUGCUACAUAAAGAUUCUCCAGAAUGCAGGACUUUUGCACUUCUGUCCCAUUUCUUAAAAAAUUAGAAAAAACACCAAAAAAAUCUCUGAAAUGAAACAGAAGUUGAAUACAUUUAACCCUCAUGUCGUCCUGCGGAUCAAAUGGACCUGUUUUAAAGUUUGAAAAUGUGGGAAAAAAAAAAUAUUUUCACAGUGAAAACUUGCACAUUUUCAACAUUUUUUGGGAAAUUUUUGAACAUUUUUUGGUGUGAAAAAAGAAAUCUAAAAAAAAUGUUUCUUUAAGAGCAUU